UUGUCGAACACAAGGAAGUGAAAGAAAUCAGAGAGCUCGAGAGAGAAACAACUUAACACAGAGAUUGAUAAUUCAUAUUAUUUAGUAAAUAACGCUACAUUAGCUCGUGAGUAAUAUGAGAAACGGUACAUAACGGUUAUUAAUGUCGCCACAGAGAGCAUUAGAUAUGUGAAUUUUAGCUAACAUUCACGUGAUGUGACGAGCUAACAGCUAACAUUACUGUAACAGUUAUAACUUACCACUCAGCAAACAUGUCAGUUACAUGUGCCUGGUCGUUUAUUAAUGGCAGUCGUUUAGCUAUGUUUGACUUUAAUGACUAUAUGUGAUAGUGUAAUGGGUGACAUUACAGACACACCAUGCAGAGAGACACCCUCGGACCAGUGUCGGACCUUUAGGACGUUUUUAGCCAAUUAGAUGUCUGUAGUUAUUAACAGUGUCUUCAAUGGAGAGAAGCAGCGAGGAAGAGGCAGCUCCUGAUGAAGAGGAUGGAGAGCAGGCAGCCGGCUGGACUGUGAUGCCAGGCAGGUCGGAGGAUGAAGAAGUGGGAGUGGCACCUUCAAUAACAUCCACAGGUGGAGUACCAGACCCUUCCACGGACAUGUUGGCUCUGAGGCUGUGCAGAGAGCUUGUGUACCAGGAUCAGGAGAAGUCAGAGAGGGAGGCUGGACCGACGAUGUCAAGCGGUGUGAUGUCUGAGAGCCAAGCAGAAGUUCUUGAGCCAGAGAGGGAUGCUCCCUCUGUGUCUCCCUCCAGCCUCAUGGACACCUGUGCUCCCUCCAUAUCAAGCCUCUCCUCCUCUUACUUCCCCACCCAUCACCAUGCCAAUUUUUCCUCAUCCUCAUCUUCUUCUUCCUCUGCUGUGUCUCUGACUCCACCUUUGCCUCCCUCUGUGGAGCUCCCAGCUGUGUUGACUGAUACAAGGCUGACCCUGGAUGUGUACCAGGGAGGAGCAGCUGCACUGCCUCUGCUUUGGGGGUCCGUCCCGGAGCAGCUGAGGGGGCUCCAGUACCUGAGACUGGGCUCUGAGGAUAAGGCAGCCCUGGAUGGUGCACUGGAUGUCCUACACCAUCUGACAGAGCUGCGUUCACUGGCUGUUCGGGGACACUGUUUUUAUUACUCGCAAGGUGACCCGCUGCCUGGCCUCCUCACCACUUUGCCCACAUCUGUUUCCUCCCUCUCUCAUCUGGUUCACCUGGAUCUCUCCUUCAACCAGCUCUCCUGUCUGCCAUCCUGCCUUCUCAGCUUGCCCGCUCUGUCCUCUUUGCUCCUCUGUCACAACCACCUCUCAGCUUUGCCUCCCGAUAUAGGCCAGCUGUCCUCCCUCACCUACCUCUCCCUCCUGGGGAACGAGCUGGUCUCUCUUCCCCCGAGCCUGGGUCAAAUGAAAAUGCUGCAGACACUGGAUAUUUCACACAACCUCCUUCAGCAGCUACCUGAUGAAAUUGGUUGUCUGGGGGAGCUUGUGAAGCUGGAAUUGUCUCACAACAAGCUGAAACAGCUACCAGAAAGCAUGGGCUCCCUUGUCGCCCUCAGGGAGCUUGUCAUCUACAGCAACGACCUCCGCGUGAUCCCACAUUGUCUGAACAAACUGCCUCUGCUGAAAAUAGAUGUGCGUGACAAUCCUUUGGGACGUCCUCCAACCCCUCCUCUUCUCCCUCCUACACCUGAUCGAGUAGAAACAAAAAUUCAAGAGUUGCACCUUGGAUAUAAUCAGCACAGUUUCUGUGUUUCGUCUGCUGGGUGUCAUGUGUUUCUCCCAGGGGGGGCUGAGCUGCUGUUCCCCCCGGGGUGCCUGGUGACAACCACAAGACUGGAGUGGGUUGAGAUAAGGCCGGAGAGGAAGUGGGUGCGGCUGGAGGAGCAUGACGUGUUGCUGAGUCGUCCACUGGAACUUCGUCCUCAUGGAAUUACAUUUCUAAAGCCUGUGGAGGUGUGUGUGUCAUAUCAUCGCACCAGAAGAAGGGAGGUGGUGGUGCAGAGGUUUGACGGACAGUCAUGGAGCACUCUGCCCACUGUUCUGAGGAGGGGAAGCAAGAGCCACAGCAGCCACCCUGGUGGACGUCCAGCAAGGCUGGCCUGCUGCUCGGUGAGACAGUUCUCCUGGUUUAUGGCAGUGUCCCGUCCAGUAAAGGACAGUUGCUCUGUCACACCAGCUGGCACUCUGCUGGUAUCCAGCGCCGACCCUGGAGUUAAGCUCCACUUUCCUCCAGACUCCACCGUGCAGACCCGCGUCAUAACCUUACAGGUGCUGCAGGUGUCUGUGUCAGAGGUCCAGACGCUGUGUGGUGAUCCUCAGGCCACAGUUAGCCCUCUCCUCUGCCUCUCUCAGACUCCCAGCAUAGAUUUCCUGCAGCGUGUCAAAGUUCAGAUCCCUCUGCCAUCUGGAGUCACAGGCCAUACAGUCGAUAUGUCCUGUUUGUAUCUGCUACACGGAGACCCCACUGCCCAAACCUGGACUGACAUUACAUCGCAAGUGUCUCUCUACGUCACCCAUUUGUAUGCCAUUUUCUACAUCACACAUUUCUCCUGGUACUGGCUGUGGUACACGACUCAGCGCUGUGUCAGUGGGGUGGUCAGGAAGGUUUAUCAAAAGCUUAAACAGUUUAGAGUUCAGUUUCUCGUCCUCCAGAGGAAGACUGAUCCUUCACAAGUUAUGCUGCAGUGUUUACCUGCUAACAAGGUGGACAGCAGAGUGCAGUCUUUGUCAGAGCAAUAUGAUGGACCUCAGCCUUCAGACCUGUGUGAAAUGCUGGAAGGAGAGCAGUUCUUCGCCGGCUUUGAGAGAGGCUUGGAUAUCAGCACAGAGAGACCAGACUGUGUGGCGGGAAGACUGUGUUUUGAGUUUUACUCCAGCCUGAAGAAUCUGAAAGAAGUCUACAUCUGUCCAGCUCAGGGUCAGAAGGUGCCAGUAAGGGGACAAGUAUCUUUUUAUAGAGGGGAGAUUCCCAGCGAUCUGCCAGAGGAAGUGGCGAGGAAGAGGAAAGGACUUGACAGCCAGUGGCUUGCAACUUUACCACUUAGACUUCCUGCUCUAAACUCAGACAAUAACUACGUCAUGGAGGAGAUCCAGUAUCCUCCUCUGAACCUGGGUGACCCUGAGAGCGGCUACCUGACAGAGGCCAACCUGCUGUCCAUUUCUCUUCAGAUCGGACAGGACUGGCGUGUUAUUGGAAUCAAUCUUGGCUUAAGCUACCAGGAGCUGGACCGUAUCCAGUUCAAGUACAGGGACAAUCUGGGAGCCUUGGUGCUAGACAUGCUGUUCCACUGGGCCCGAGGACAGAAGAACGCAGGACCAGGAGCGGCGUCACGACUGGUGGCAGCUAUGAUCGAGAGCGGCAGGAGAGACCUGGCAGAGGAGAUUGAGGACAUCGUCAGUAUAGGAAGGAGAAAGUACUCAGAGUCAUUGAGGAGGGUGGGCCUGGAAGCAGAGAGCUCCUCUCUCUGUGACGCACAGCAGUAGAUAAACCCAUGCUGGGUGCAGAUGGCUGACUUACACUUGAGUAACCUGUUUGUUUACAGUGUGCCCCCAUCAUCUCAUCCUGCUGUCUAAACAAGUGUCCUGGAGUACAAAAAAUCUAUCUUAACACAAUCAUGAUAGCCAGCUGGCAGCACCUUUAAGAUGACCUACAGGAGACAGGUGAAAUGGAUGGGCUGCAUAAAGAUGAUGGCCUCGGGCUUGUUUUUUGCCACUUCUACUUUUUAAAAACUGUUUCAGUAUACAAGACAAUCCUGUGGAAGCCAGGAAGAGAUAAAAAUGUAUUAAGCUAUACAGGAUGAAAAUAAAACUACUCAUGUUAGUCAAAAUGAUGAGAUACAAGGUCAUAAUUUUUUACAUAAUAUCUAUUUUUUUUACUUAGUAUGUCAGAAAUUGACUUUAUACCUCAGUAUUGUGAAUUACAGCAGCAUCAUCAGUUGAAUCAAUUCGUUUGACAGUUACUCAAAGGUAGUAUGUAUUACACAAUUGGCUUGGAUCAUACUACAUGUACAGGGGUUUCCACUGUCUGGUCACUGAAAGGCCCAGUCUGGAUUUCUUUAGGUGAGAUGAGAUGAUUUUAACAAUAACCCCUUUUAAGAAAUUUUAAAAAGAAAUUUAAGAAAGCCCCUUUCUCACUGUACAGAAAAAAAACACACACCAGCUCUCAGUUUUGUAUCGAACAGGUUACAAUCGGCAUUCAUUUCUGGAACAAAUGACUGCAAUAGUCAUAGUAUUGAAUAUUUAUUGGUGCGAUCAGAUCUCAUCGGCAGUGAUCAAAAAACACAACACUCGAAGAAGCGCUAAUUUUUGCCCCUUUUCCAGCCUGACUAAUGACUUACCGCCACAAAAUGUCUCUGCCUAAGCAGCACCUGAACAUCUUCUAAAAUGAGUUGACACCAAGUUUGAAAGAGAAACUGAGUUUGUAUCAAACAUAGGUGUAGAUUUUGAGGGGGAAACAGGGUACAUGUCCCCCUCAGUAUUUUUCUGAUGAAAACAUCAAGUAGCAGAGGACUUUUAUUUUGACAAAGACAUUUACGCCAUAAAUUGAUGCAGAAAAGGCACAAAUUGGUGCAUAAAAUUCACCAGAAUGUAGGUAAUUAAGUGUUUGAUGCUCUAAAUUUUCUGGUAGAGGACCCCAAAACCCCUUUUUCAUAUGUGUCCCCCCAAAUGUUGACACCUAGGCCCUUGGAAACAGACAUAAGAAAGAAGUAACUAUUGUUAACAUUUUCACUGGGCUCCAUACUGCAUUCUACUGUUUACUCACUGUGUUAUCCAGUGUGUUCGUGACACCAAAUGUGACACACCAAAAAAACAAAAAUAGAAAGACAUUCUGGUCUAAUUCAGAGCCCAGUAUACAGUGGUUUAGUGAAUGGUAUACAGAGGUAUCCAGGGUAUACCCACCUCUUUUUCUGUCUGUUUACAGUAUACCCACCUUCAUUCAUU